GCAGCCAAAGCCGGUGGCGUCGGGCGGGAAAGGGAAAGUGAAAGCCGGAGCGGCGCUUUCGCUUUCGCCGCCCCUGACACGUUCCCGCGGGGCCGCGAUGGCGGAGCCGGGGGUGCCCAUGCGGCUCAAGGAGUGGCUGAUCGCGCAGAUCGACAGCGGCCGGUACCCGGGGCUGCGCUGGGAGAACCGGCACCGGACGCUGUUCCGCAUCCCCUGGAAACACGCGGCCAAGCAGGAUUACCGGCAGCAGCAGGACGCCGCCCUCUUCAAGGCUUGGGCCGUCUACAAGGGGAAGUACCAUGAGGGGACGGACAAGGCUGACCCCUCCACCUGGAAGACGCGUCUCCGCUGCGCCCUCAACAAGAGCACCGACUUCCAGGAGGUGCCGGAGCGGAGCCAGCUCGACAUCUCCGAGCCCUACAAGGUGUACCAGAUCGUGUCCGACGGCGCCCGGGACACAGAGAAGGACGGUGACACACGGUCCCCAGCUGGCGAGGAUCGGCGGGGCAGCGCUGCGGGGGGUCCGGAGGAAGAGGAGAGCCAGAAGGGCACGAUGGAGAUGGGCCACGUGUCUCGGCUGCCCCUGCUCCCUGCCCACCCGGCCGAGCGAGGGUACAACGUGAGGGGAGUCUUCUACAGCUGGAACCAGACCCAUGGCCACCUCCUCCCCGGACCCCCGUCCUACCUCCCCGUGGAGGAUGUCAACCACUCAGACUGCUGGCUCCACGUCCGCCUCUACUACUGCGACGUGCUGGUGAAGGAGGUCACCACCCGCACGGCCGAGGGCUGCCGCAUCACCUCCCGCGCCGUGCCGGCCGACAGCGAGCGCCUCUACGGCCCCUCCUGCAUGGAGCAGAUCGAGUUCCCCCCGCCGCGGGCGCUGGGCGGCGGUGGCCGGGUGGCCGGCAUGACCGACGUGCUGGAGAGGCUCCUGCCCCACCUGGAGCGCGGGGUGCUGCUGUGGGUAGCGCCCGAGGGGGUCUUCAUGAAGCGGCAGUGCCAGGGCAGGGUGUACUGGAACGGGCCACUGGCCCCGCACAGGGACUGGCCCAACAAGCUGGAGAGGGAGAAGACCUACAAGCUGCUGGACACGCAGCAGUUCCUGCAGCGUAAGUGCCCGCUCGCCGGCCCCCUCCCCGGGAGACCCCCAUCCUCUUGGGAAGGCGGGGGGGCACGUCCUGCUCGGGGCUGUGGGGCCCGCGUGUCCCCUGAUCCGGUGUCUUGCAGAGCUGCGUGGGUACCUGAGCCACGGGCAGCCCACGCCGCAGUACCAGAUCCACCUGUGUUUCGGGGAGGAGUACCCCACCGGCGCCGGGCACCACUUCCAGAAGCUUAUCAUGGCCCAUGUGGAGCCGGUGUUCGCGCGGGAGCUCUUCCAUCACGCCCAGCGCGUGGGCCCGACGCUGCUGCGCCAGCCCCCCCAGCCCUGCACCCCCGGCGCCUCCAGCCACGUCAUCCGCGUCCUCAAACAGCUCUGCCAGCCCUGAGGCCCCGUCGCGACGAAGCCUCGCAGCAGGAUGCUCUUGCUGCCCCACGGCCCCGCUCCGGCCACCUUCCCCGGGGACGGGGAUGGGGCGCUGGGUGCCACCCCCGCACAGAUCUCUAUUUAUUCCCCAGGAGCCCACCCGGGUGGGGUUUGCUGUGUGCUUGGCCGCUGAGCCGGCUCCAUCCUCGUGCCCUGCACCGCCGGGGACUUGCCAGUCGCGAACCUUGGAAAUAAAGGUUGUGUUUCGGUA